AUGCAGCCCACAAACAGCGCACUGUCCAAGCGUCGUCGCUUCCAGUCUUCGAUCACUACCUACUUCUCAGCACCUGAGUCAAGCGCCUCCGACCCUUCACUUUCUCACAAUCACUACUCCGCCACUACUUACUCCGCCACCCCCGUGGUAUCCGCUAAAGUCCAAGCGUCCCUUCUGUCUGUCGGAAUGCGGGUCCGGAAAUCGGUCGCGGAUGGUUACAAAACUCAACUUUCGCUGGAAAAAGAGAAAGUCGCGCCUGUGAUGCCCACACGGGAGUCAUUCGUUUCUCAAACAUAUCCUUCCACCACAUCAUCCGAACUGGCGCCAUUCUCUGGGAUCCCUAAAUCUUCAAACAACCUUGUCACCGACGACGAUGCGUUUUCUCUUCCUCCUAGCAGUCAGGAGUCCGUCGCAUCUUCCACUACUGGACCGAUCGGGCUAAAUGGUCAAAAGCGACACCUGGACAAUGAUAUCUUUGCCGACUCCGACUCCGACCAAGAAGACGAUGGUUUUCACCAUUGGCAAGGCAAUACUGCUGGCCGAACCAUUCUAUCUCCAAGCCUGGGACAGCAGCGACGCCGCAUCAUCGCCGCACACAAGAAGUCCCUCUUGAAUCAACACUCUUCCAUGGAUUUGGAUGACUUUGAGGAGGCUACUUUCCUUUGUCGAAAGGAGGAAGUCGAUGCUGAUUAUCAGAUGGACUGUGCUUGA